GCAACAUCAGCAGCAACAGCAACAGCAACAGCAACAUCGGACAGCAGCAACAACAAUAGACAGCAACAACAACAUCUCUCGCAUAGAUGCAGUCAAUACGUCGCUUGGUUCUUGUCGGCCUCUUGGCCGUACUGAGCGUCUGCGCCUUUGCUAAGCCACAUGGCUGGAGCAGUGGAGGCGGCGGUGGCAGCGGCUGGUCAUCGGGUGGUGGCGGCGGCAGUGGCUGGCCUAGUGGUGGCGGCGGCGGUGGCUGGAAGAGCGGCGGUGGCUCCUCUGGCUGGUCGUCGGGUGGUGGUGGAGGCGGUGGCUGGCCUAGUGGAGGCGGCGGCGGUGGCUGGAAAAGCGGCGGUGGCUCCUCUGGCUGGUCAUCCGGUGGCGGCUCCUCUGGCUGGCCCAGCAAGAUAAGCAUCAGUGCCUGGCCGUCCAGCGGCGGUGGUGGUAGCAGCGGUUGGUCCUCUGGCGGAGGCGGCGGUGGCUGGAAGAGCGGUGGAGGCGGCGGCGGUGGUGGCUGGAAGCUGAGCUCCGGCGGCGGCGGCGGCGGCUUGGGCGCUGGUUGGUCUAGCGCCUUGUCUAGCCUCUCUGGCUGGAAAUCUCAAGCGUUGUCUGGUCUCAGCAGCGGCUGGAAGUCUGGCGGCGGUGGUGGUGGCGGCUGGAAGUCUGGUGGAGGCGGCGGCGGUGGCUGGAAAAGCGGCGGAGGCGGUGGUGGCUGGAAGAGCGGCGGUGGCGGUGGCAGUGGCUGGUCCUCCGGCGGUUCAAGCGGCGGCUGGAGCUGGUAGAAAUCCGUCCAUAACAAAUCACUGAGGCGACACUAAAAAGAAUCUACAACUGUACAUAAAAAAAACAAUCUCUACUGCUUUAUCUAGCAACUUUUUUUUUUAUUUUU